AUGUCGAGCGACACUUCCAGCAGCAGCAGCAGCGAGAGGGCGCUCGAGAGCUCCGACUCGGACGACAGUUCCUCCUCCAAGCGCGUAUGCACGAUCAUGGACGUUGACGAAGCUGCCUCCCCCCUGCCAAGCGUUGACCUUCCGGUCGAGAUUCAGAAGUUGCCGCUCGUGCUCCAGCGUGCUGCCGCGCUGUGGAUGACCCCAGAGGAUGCAGUUCUGCAAGCCGCAGCAUCGGGGCAAUCGGGGUGGCUGAAGCAACUUCUAAACGAGUUUAUGGGCACCUUGGAGCACGCAGCAGCGACCGCCACCUCCGAAGGGAACACCCUCCAGACGGUCCUGCAGCUGCUGCACGAGUUGGAUGACCCGUGUCGACGGUGCUUCGGCUCCGACACCAUCGCAACACUUGAAAAGGCAGCGAUCAUUGCCGCAAGAAGUGGCCAUCUCGACACGGUCGAGUUGCUGCUGCGCUCGUUGGAAGUCCGCGGGAAAGUCCGUGAAGAGGCGGCCUGGAAAGUGUUGGAGGAGGCGGCAGUACAUGGGCACUUGGCGGUGGUGCAAUUCGCGUCACGGUACGUGAUCAGGACCCCGAGCGACGAUGAGCGAUGCACCGACAGUAAGGCCGUGUCACUUGCCAUAGCUGGGGGAUAUGUCGACGUGGUGGUCUACCUGCUGCGGUAUCCGUGGAACGUGGCCUCCGCCUUUAUGGAGGCGGUGAGAAAGCAGCAGCAUGUUAUCGCUGAGAAGAUCUACCAGGUCUUCCCCUUCUACUUUGAAGGAAAGAAUUUGUUUGUCGAGAUGGCGGGCGACGGGUUCCUCAUCGCAGUCCAGUACCUGUACGAGCGUGGCCAUAAUGACGAGAACUUGGUUCAGGACGCGUUCCUCAAAGCGGCUACCGGUAUGACGCGUCGUACAGAAGUGAUGGAGUUUCUGAUCGGGACUGGGCGAGUAUCAGUGGAGGUUUUUGAUACGGCGUUUGAAGCUGUGGCAACUUCUGGAUCCGUCUCGACCGUGACGUUUCUCUAUGAGCAGCAGUUCGCAUCCCUUCGGGGGAUUUACCGAGCGUUCGAGAGAGCGGGCAGUCUUUCCGUGACCAAAUUCCUCUUCAAGACGGAGAAAAUGCCCGCGAAGAGCAUCACGACAGCAUUUGAGAACGUGACUGGGAUCGGGUCGAUAGUCUUGUCAAUUCCGAAGAAGGAGCGCGAAGCUGUGGCUGCCUUCUUGUACCACAACCGGAGCGCGAUGCCCCCGGACGUGAUCUGCACCGUCUUCGCGAUGACUGCGUACGAUCUAGACGACCUGGUGACGAUUCUCUACGACGACCCGAGCAUUUCACGUGAAGUUGUGAGUGCUGCCUUGCAAAAUGCGUCAGGCUUGGGGCAUCUGCGUAUCGUCCACUUCCUCAUAGACAAACCUGAGAUCACGCAGUCCGUGAAGCAAGUGGCCCUGCUGUUCGCAGCUCGGAGUAACUACCGAGCUGUUGUUCAGCUGCUGGAGAAGGGCGAAGACUGGCCACUUGCCACUUUGAAUGAAGCACUGAAAUUGACGAGCAGCCCGCGGCUGAAACAAUUUUUGAGGGAGAGAAUUGGUGACCUAGAGCUGAGCCUGCUAUGA